CACACACACACCACAAGAGAAACCGGCCGGUCCCCUGUGAGCCCUGAGUGGCAUAGCGAUGGACAGCUGGACCCUCCAGGGGGACAGCUACUCAUUCCUCCGCAGCUCCCUGCGCCACCGUGACGGAACCCCAAACCACGUGGAGAUCUUCGACAUCACCAACAUCCCCAGCCACCGCUCAGCCAUCUCUGAGACCACCUGCCUCUGUGACAUUUUCGGGGACGACUGCGAGUCGCGGCCUCCUUCACUCUCCAGCAGCCCCGCGGCAGGGGCCUUCGUCAACCCUCCCGUUCCCCCUCCCGUAGGACCAGGGGAGAGUUCAGAGUCGCCCCAAGUGUCGCCCCCUGUGGUAGAUGAGCUGAACGACUCGACAAGUUCCUACCACACAGAGCCAGAGAACUUUGAGGAUUCUAGAGAGAAGCUCAGUCCUCCAACGCAGAGGGAGAAUAAUUAUCAUUUAUCUGAAGGCUGGGAGUCAGGACCUUUAGCUACUGCAGGAAACAACACAGCAUCAUUGGGGACGUCUAAGGACAUCAGCACAAGAUUAGAACAAGGAAACACAGCUCCAACACCUGGACGGAGGACAGCUGACUCCUCACCUGAGGAACCUAGCCUUAUCUGUGGAAACAGAACGACCUCACCUGGCUACAGUAAUACUACAACACCUUCACCUGGCUACAGUAACACUACAACACCUUCACCUGGCUUCAGUAAUACUACAACACCUUCACCUGACGGUAAAGGUUCAGCUCCAUCAGUGGUCCAGCGUUCACCUGCUCCCUCACCACAGUGUAGGGAAACCCACCUGACACCUGAACCAGAGCAUAGAUACUCCAGCCCCUCAUCUGAAUCCGUGGUCCCUGUGCAUUCUAUUGAGGCCAGAGACAGAGCCUCCUCACCUGGAGUCAGAGGCACAGCCUCCUCACCUGACGAUACAAGUCUGUCUUUACCUGAGAACAGAGUAGCUCAGUGUUUACCUGAACCAAGGAACAUCAGCCACUCACCUGAGUUAAUAGCCAACCCUUUUUCACCUGAUUACAUAGUGUCAUUUCAACCUAGGGUUAGAGCCAUAACACCUGAGUCUAAACCUUCAUCCCUUUCAUCCCCACCUACGAUUAGAGAUACAGGUAUCUCCCCUCAGCUAGGAGGCCUCACCUCAGGCUUACCUGAGCUAAAGAAUAGAGAUUAUUCACCUGACUUUAGGAAUAGAUAUUAUUCACCUGACUUUAGGAAUAAAGCAUAUUCACUGGACAAUCAAUGGAGAGUGUCCUUACCUGACUUGUUCAGCAGAACCUCCACACCUGAGUUAGAGGACUCCGUCAGUACACCUGAGUUAGAGGACUCCGUCAGUACACCUGAGUUAGAGGACUCCGUCAGUAUACCUGACUUAGAGGACUCCGUCAGUAAAACUGAGUUAGAGGACUCCGUCAGUACACCUGAGUUAGAGGACUCCGUCAGUACACCUGAGUUAGAGGACUCUGUCAGUAUACCUGAGUUAGAGGACACCGUCAGUACACCUGAGUUAGAAGAUUCCGUCAGUAAAACUGAGUUAGAGGACUCCGUCAGUAAAACUGAGUUAGAGGACUCUGUCAGUACACCUGAGUUAGAGGACUCCAUCAGUAAAACUGAGUUAGAGGACUCCGUCAGUACACCUGACUUAGAGGACUCUGUCAGUACACCUGACUUAGAGGACUCCGUCAGUAAAACUGAGUUAGAGGACUCCGUCAAUACACCUGAGUUAGAGGACUCUGUUAGUAUACCUGAGUUAGAGGACUCCGUCAAUACACCUGACUUAGAGGACUCUGUCAGUAUACCUGAACUCAUACCUCACCUGUCCCCUUCGGAGAGAGACCUGAGCUCCUCAGAGGAAGCUCGGAGCACCAUCUCAACACCUGCCCCCAGGUACACCCCUCCUACACCUGUCACCUCCUCACCUGAGCUCAGGUCUACCAGUGCCCCAGCUGGACUCAGAUCAGCCAGCAUCACACUUGAAUUGAGAUCAACCAGUGUAAAACGUGAACUCAGUCUGCUCUGUGUCCCAACUGAACUCAGGUCAACCAGUGUUACAACUGAAGUCAGUUUAGCCAGUAUCCCUCAAAGUUCUGAACUACUCAGGUCAACGAGUCUCACACCUGAAUUUAGAUCAGAUUCAUCCUCCUCAACUAGCUCAUACCACUCAGGUUCCUCCUCAUCUACAGACACCUGGACAAGAACGUCAUCGAGAACCCCCUCAAGAACCCCCUCACCUGAAACACGCUAUAUUAGAACCCCAUCAAGAACCCCCUCACCUGAAACAAGGUACUAUAGUACCCCAUCAAGAAUCCCCUCACCUGAAACACGUUACAAUAGAACCCCAUCAAGAACCGCCUCACCUGAAACACGUUACAAUAGAACCCCAUCAAGAACUCCCUCACCUGAAACACGUUUCAAUAGAACCCCAUCAAGAACCCCCUCACCUGAAACACGUUACAAUAGAAACCCAUCAAGAACCCCCUCACCUGAAACACGUUACAAUAGAACCCCAUCAAGAACCCCCUCACCUGAAACACGUUACAAUAGAACCCCAUCAAGAACCCCCUCACCUGAAACACGUUACAAUAGAACCCCAUCAAGAGCCCCCUCACCUGAAGUAAGGUACUCCAGCCCUCCUAUAAAACCCAGGAGCACAGCGCAAUCACCUGAGAUCAGAAUCACAUCCUCCACACCAGAGAUCAAGAAAAGAGACCUCACACCUGAGGUACCUGAAGAGGUAAAGGCCAAGUCCCUGGACCCUCGGUUCAACUCCUCGUCCCCCCAGGUCUCAGGUAUCACCUACUCCAUCCUCUCCCCAGAAGCCAGGGUGCUGGUGUCAACACCUGAGAUCAACGGUCUCCUCUCCUCAGCUGAGCCACGAGGCAGAACACACCUGUCACCUGAGAGGAAGAGCACCACCCCUACCGAAGAGAACAGACGGAACAGUCUCUCACCUGACUCUAUAGGUAGAGGUUCCUCACCUGGAAGCAGAGGUAGCAACUCCUCACCUGAGAUUACAGGGAUAUACAGCUCUAUCGUACAUCCUCCUGAGACUAGAGACAUAGCUGAAUCACCUGAGCCACCCAGAUAUAAAAACCUCUCACCUGAGUAUAAGGCCCCCUCACCUCCGAAGAGUCAAACUGUCUCACCUUAUCCAACAUAUAAAAAACCCUCACCUCUGCCCCGGUACACAGCCCCCUCACCUGGAGUGGAAACUGCUCGAUCGUCAUCUGCGCUAAACACUUCAGCCGACUCCCCUGGAGUAAAGAGUCCUGGCCACUCGCCUGAACGCAGGGCUUCGCCUGGCUCACCUGGACUAAAGAUUCCUGCUUACUCGCCUGAACGCAGGGCUUCGCAUGGCUCACCUGGAGUAAAGAUUCCUGCUUACUCACCUGAACGCAGGGCUUCGCCUGGCUCACCUGGAGUAAAGAUUCCUGCUUACUCGCCUGAACGCAGGGCUUCGCCUGGCUCACCUGGAGUAAAGAUUCCUGCUUACUCGCCUGAACGCAGGGCUUCGCCUAGCUCACCUGAGAGGUGUAUUGGUAGCCUAUCAGAGCGACUCAUCACUAACGGCACCUCAAACCCCUUGGGUAAUCACCUUUCUCACGACUCCAGGGAAGCAUCACCUACUGAAGAGAGUAGAGAGACGACCUCUUCACCUGUACUAGGAGAAGAUCCAGUCCCCUACAACUUCUCUGCCCACACACCUGAGAUCCUAAACUUCACACCUGAAAUAAGAAACUUAACACCUGAAGUCAGACACAUCUCACCUGAUCCCACUUACUUUUCAAGAGGAAGGAGCCCCUCCCUUUCACCUGACCACGGGGUUACAGGUAACUCACCUGUCCAGAGACUGGAUGAUCUGGAGCCUAAACAUCCAGCCUCAUCUCUAACCCCUGACCUUAGUGACAGCAGCAACCCCUCACACAAGUCUCCUACACCUGAGCACCCAUGUAGAGAAACCUCACCCAACCCUAGGAAUAAAACCAUAGAUAGGCUAACUGAAGAAGACAUGGCUCAUCGUAUGAGUAAGGAAGACAUCCCUUCUCCUCCCCUCACCAGGUUCACUCCAGUACACAUCAUACCCCCGGCCCCAGUGAGGCCACACGGCCACUGGGAAAACAGGAGAACCAGUGCCUCUGAGACCCAGGCCAUUGAGGCCAUAAUGGAGUCUGAGAACAUGAUGGAGUCUGUUAUAGGAGCUGUGACAUCCAGGGGAAGCCCCACUCUUUCCUCUGGUGACAGCAACAACAGGGCCUACAACAGCCAAACACGCCUGGAAAUGCUGGAGAGGGAGGAGGAGGAGGAGGAGGAGGAGGAGGAGGAGGAGGAGGAGGAGGAGGAGAGGGAGAUGUUGUGGGAGAUGCAAGAGAGGGAUAGAGAGAGGCAGAGGGAAAGAGAAAGGAACAGGGAAAUGGAGGAGAGGGAGAGGGAGGAGGAGGAGAAAGAAAGAGAGAGGGAGAGGGAGAGAGAGGAAAGGGAGAGACAGAGAGAGGAAGAAAGGGAGAGGGCAAUGGGGAGGGAGAGAGAGUGGCAAGCUGAGAGGGAGAGAGAAAGGGAGAGUGAGAGGCAGGGGGAGGAGCGGGUGCCCGGAAAGGGGGAGGGGAGGCAGGAGGAGGCCAGUUACAAGGGGAAACAGGUUGACCUGUCAUUCAGUGCCAGGAAUAGAAAAGGGCCUGCAAGCCGCGAAGCAGCUCCCACAAGCAGAGAGAGUCGACAGGGAAUGCCAGCAGCGCGCUCCUAUUCAGAGAGCCUGCUCACCACCAGACUGCAACAGAUACAACAGCUACAACAGCAACAACACGGUAUACUGCACAGAGUUGCACACAGCUCCCAGCCAGAGACAGCCAGAGGAGGUGGACCGGGACCCACCAAGAAGCUGCAGCAAGAGCCCAAGCACAAGCCUGCGAUACCUCAGCUCGGGAGCUCCUUUCCUGGACGCAUCUCAGCCGACGGCCCCAGCUCCAGCAUGGGCAGCGAGCUGGAUGAGGAGGACAACGAGGUGAAGUGGUUCAGUGACGUGGCCUUCCGCAGCCUGUCCUCUGGAUCCCCUCAGGUGGACUACCUGGACAUGUACAACUCCAGCCACUGCUCCUCCACCGGAGCCUCCCAGCCUUCCAUCCAGGACAGCCCAGCAGGGGCUAAUGCAGCCUGGCUGGCCUACGCCGACCUCAGAGGGUCUGCUCCACGGCUGGACAAUGAAGACUUCCCAGUCCCACGCCAGCAGCAGCAGCCCUCCUCUGGGGCUUAUUAUCCACCCCUCGACGGCCUGGACCCAUCCAAAAAAUAUGAGAUGGGCAGCUUCGAGUGUGUAGACGUGGCUGUGGAGAGAGAGGAACCCAAGAAGGUGAGGAGAGGAGUGCCCAAGAGACAGAUCCAGCUGAAAAGAAGGAAUACGGCCGAGGUGAAGCUGGGUGAGAACAGUGAUGGUAGUCCCAUCAUGGUUCCUAGUCCUGUAAUGGUUCCUGUGGCUCCUGUGGUUACAAAGGACAGUCCUUCUCUACAGAGACACAACAGAGAGACGUUGCAGAGACAACACAGCACACCUGCUGCUUUGCAGGAAGCCUAUCGCCCGGAACCCUGCCCUGAACCUGCCACUGAGCAGACCGAAAGGAAGGGCAAGCUCCAGAAGUCUUUGUCCCUUGACGAGACAUGUACCAAAACAAAGAUGGCCACUUGCCUGAUCAAGAGCAUCCUCUCCAAGAAGAUACAAAAUGUUGGUAAACAAACCGACCAGGAAGGAGGAGGUGACCGCAGCCCCUCCGAGAACAAAACCCCUCCUCCUCCUGAGAGUGUAGUGUCAACCAUUAAAGAGUCCCCUAAACCAGAGACACAGAAUCUGAGUUCCAGCAUAAAUUCAGAAGACAGUCUUUCCUCUGAGGACCUGGCUGUGAGAAGAGAGACGAGCCCAAACACUGACGUAAACAGACAACAGAGAAGUUUCGGGGGGAAACCCAGUAUUAGACCAACGAACCAUACUAUUAAUAUUAACUCGACUUCUCCACUGCGAAGCAACAAGAGACCUGAACCAACCUGCACAACCCCUGAGAUGAGUCCUGGUGCACGUUUUGCUCCAGUUAACUCUCCUCAGGGAAACAUUAGAAUUGAAUCUCACUGCAACAGAACCCCUAACCAUGUUAGCCCUUGGAUGAGGUCUGAGCCCCAUACUACUAGUUGUCCUCAGAGAAACAAUGACAGAAUUGAAUCUCCUGUCAGAAACCCAAACUCUUGGAGAACUGACCCGGUCAAACCAGAGAUGAGGUCUGAACUGGUGUUCCCGUUUGAAAGUACAAAACCCACAGAGAAGAACACCAGGAUGGAAGUAAAGCAGAUGCAUGACAGUAAAUGUAGGCAUGAGAGGGAUGACAGUAAACGGAGGGAGGAGAAGGAUGACUCAGCAGAUGCAGCUGCCCGGAACACCGGCGUUCCUGCUGCCACUCGAACCAACAGCACGCAGGCAGGAAUGACACACAUAAAAAAGCUGGACUACCACUCUGACUCUGGAAACCAUAAACAUCCGAGCAUCAAGAGCACCUACACAUCCAAAACACCAGAGAUCACUCUAAAACUCAGCCCUGCUACAGAGAAAAAGAAAACCGCUUCUCUAAACGUCUCACUGUCGCCCGAGCUGGAAACUAAACUUGAGGUUAAACACGAGACUGCCUCCCCUGGGAGGACCUGUCAGAGAGAAACAAGAGAAGAAGACAGGAGAGUGAAGACUUCACAUAGAGAAACCAGAGAAGAAGACAGGAGAGUGGAGACUUCUCAUAGAGAAACCAUAGAAGAAGAGAAGGGAAUGAAGACCUUGAACAAGAUGAAUGAACAGACUGAGAAUGUGGAUGCCAAUAGGAAGGGUAAAGCCAAAGCUCCCCUGCACAAAGUGAGAGAUGUGAGAAGGCUGGUGAAAAACACAUACAACCUGUCAUUCAAGGCCAUUCCAGCACCAGAGAAGGAGGAGAGGAGGGAGGAGAGCGUGGAGGAGAGGAGAGAGGAGAGGAGAGAGGAACAGGGAGAGGAAAGGGGGGUGGAUAUAAAAGAGAAGAGGAUGGAGGAAAGGAGUGAGGAGAGAUGUGAAGACAAGGAAGAGGAAAAGCCGAUGCUUCGUCCUCAGCCAAUGCAGAUAGAAUACAAAGCUGUCAGCUGGAGAGAAAACAAAAACAAAACAAGAACGUUCAACCAAACAGACAGGUUUGCCUCUAGACAUUUCUCUAAGGUUGAUUCUUUACAACAGGUGUCCACAGAUACAACCAAAGUACCCAAGGACCCUUCUGAUGUAACAGCUAAGAGUUGCACAACAGAGGAAGUAGGUGUGACAGAGACAGAGUUAAACCAACACAAUACCCUUGUACAGGACACUGUCAAAACAGAAACAGGCAACACCAAGGUGAAACCCAGUGAAACAGAGUCACCGAGAGUAACCAGGAGACACCGAAGUGUAUCAGAGUCUAGUGACAAACCUGAAGUGGUGAGAAGAGAUACAAAGCCACCUAUGCUGGGCAGCAGCCCUAAACUCCCCAUUAAAGACAAAGAAGUCUCUAGUGCUUCUCUGGUGCUACAGAAUGGAUCCAAUAAGCCCAAGUCAUUCUCAGCCUUAGCUCCAGCCUCCCCGGCCCCGACGUCUCCUGCUCUCUCCUGCCCUACUCCAGUCUCUCCAGCCCUGGUCCCAGUCCCAGCCUCCCCAGCUCCUACCUCAUCCCCAGCCCCUGCUCCAACCCUGGUCUCCUCACCUGGUCGCAAAGCUUCACCAGCUCCAGUUUCUCCUCCAGCCCUAACCUCAUCCCCAGCUCCAGUUCAAGGCACUCCACAUUCUUCUGUCCCCACCAAGACCCCCACCCCUACCCCCAGCCACUCUGUGUCCAUACUGGUCAAGGAGAAGGGCUACCAGGCAGAUAUUGGGUCUGUGGUCUCUGAGGCUGUGUCAGAGGAGAUAACAAGGAGUGGGGGUGAAGGUGGGGGUGGAGGGGUCCCAAGGAAACAUAUCAACCAAAUAGAGAUCCCUCUUCAGACCCGGGAACCCUCAGACGGGGGUACGAGUGACUCACACAGACAGAGAACCUACUCAUCUUCGUCUACAUCCUCUGUGCAAGCAGCCUCAUCCGCAUCAUCCUCAAGCACUGUGCAAGCAGCCUCAUCCGUAUCAUCCUCAAGCACUGUGCAAGCAGCCUCAUCCGUAUCAUCCUCAAGCACUGUGCAAGCAGCCUCAUCCGUAUCAUCCUCAAGCACUGUGCAAGCAGCCUCAUCCGUAUCAUCCUCAAGCACUGUGCAAGCAGUCUCAUCUGUAUCAUCCUCAAGCACUGUGCAAGCAGUCUCAUCCGUAUCAUCCUCAAGCACUGUGCAAGCAGUCUCAUCUGUAUCAUCCUCAAGCACUGUGCAAGCAGUCUCAUCCGUAUCAUCCUCAAGCACUGUGCAAGCAGCCUCAUCCGUAUCAUCCUCAAGCACUGUGCAAGAAGCCUCAUCCCUUUCGUCAUCUUCCGUCAAUGCAUCAGUCUCUUCCUCUCAUACCCAUUCGGUCCCAAAUUCUCCCAGGCUUCGAAGAGUCUCCGCUCAAACUGAUGACAGAGUUAGGACCACUUUUAAUCAGGAGAGGGUUAGUGUCAGAGCUACAGUCAGAGACAUAGAGCAACGCACGGCAUCAUCACCACCACCCCCACAGAAGAAAGCACAAGAAGACACUGCUGAAAAGGAGACAGUGAAGAAAUCAACCUACUCACCUAAGUUACCAGGUUCUCUACCAGGCUCACCAGCACUGAUGAGAAGAUACCGACCACAAGUGAUCGAGGUGAGGUCGUUGUCUAAAGAAAUACAUAAACAAGAUAAACAAGAGAAGAGCAUUACGUCAAGCAGCAGACCGCAAACUAUAGAAGUUCACUCAAUAGCCAACGGCCCACCAGUGGCACCGAAACCAAAGUUCAGACAAACAGAUGCAAAUUCAAUGUCCAGUGAAACACAGCAGAAACAGGCGGAGGCAACAUCAAGCAUCAAACAACACACAGAAGAGGAUAGAGCUGUGCCCAAUGAGAAACCACCAGCUACAACGAUCCACAGACAUCUAUCGAACGAUUCGACCCCAGGGUCUAACUAUAAUAAAAAGUUAUCCGUUUCUGCAGUGUCCAGCUACAGGCCUCCACCUACCAAGACAACAAUCAUCGCUAGCUUCUCUCACAAACCAGCAUCAACAGUAGACACAGAGACCGCCAAUGAAAGGCCGAAGCAACCAGGAGCCUCAACCCAAGGACAAGAACAGGCCCCCAGCUACACACAGAGACCCACAACCCUCACAGUCUCAGCCCCAGCUCUAGCUCCAGCUCCAGCCCCAGCUCCUACCCACGCCCCUGCUGCCCCAGUCCCUGCCCAAGUCCCUACCCAUGCCCCUGCCAAACACUCAAGCCAGUCAGCUGUUGUGAAUAUAACCAGCCACCCUCACAAUCUCAAAUCAACAAAAGUGUGCCCUCAGGAGCAAACUAUGCCGGUUACUUUCAACAGUACAAACCAACCUGCCACGGUAUCCACAAACACACAGGCCCCGAUAUACACACACCACAUACACACACAGCAGCCCGUACACAGAUCCUUGUCCAGCGACCACUCGCAGAGGGUAGACGACCUCCAUUUCUACGCAUCAGACGACCCCCCUAGCUACGACGAGAGAGAGAGGUUCAGCCCCCUCCACCUACCUGACCUGCCCCAGAGGAAGCUGAACCGCUACCACCCCUCCUCUGCCUUCUCCUCUGCCUCCUCCCGUCCCCCUCCCUGUUCCUGCUCUUCUGGCUGCCCCUCUCACGGCCUCACACCCCCUCACCACCACCACUCCCCCCACACCCCUCCCUUCCCCUCCCACUCCCCCGGCCAGGCGCUGCCUUACUCCAUGGGGGGUCAACCCCCUCUCCGCCCACACCAGUGCAGAGCAGAUCCCCAGCCUCUGAGUUCAAUCAGCUACCAGCCCAGCUCUCCCAAAUCAUCCACCCUCCCCAGCCCCCCCCAGCCCCCCCCAGGCAUGUACCAGUCCCUCCACCAACCCCAGCCCUCCAUGCUCCAGCCCUGCCUGACCGACCGCCCUCUCCAGCACCCCCAACACAUGGACCCCCGUCGGGCCCCCCCACUCCACCGCUCCCCUCAUGGCCAGCCACCUGUCUCUGGGGUCCUCUACAGUGACCACAGCCACUCUCCUAAUCUGCCCCCUAUGGACCCUCAGUACCUGUGCAGCCCACAGAGCCUGGGGCCAUCUUAUGGGUCUGAGUAUGGGAGUCUGUCUGGGUGUGACUACCCAGACAGUACUGGUGGUUUGGGGUACGGGCAAACCCCUCGCAGGGUCCUCAUGGAUCCUGACACGGGGAAGUACUUCUACAUUGAGGUGCCUGUGCAGCCACUGAGGAAGAUGCUGUUUGAUCCAGAGACGGGCCAGUACGUGGAGGUGCUCAUCCCCCAGAGUACCAUGUCUCAUUCAGGCCUCUACCCUACCUCGGCCGCCCCCUACUCCCCCGCCUCUGCGGCCCCCUUUUCCUCCAUCCACAACCCCAACAUGUACGCCCCCGCACCCCAGUACCUCCCCUAUGGCCCCCCUCCACCUGCACCUCACCCCCCGCCACCCCGCCACCCAGAGGCUCCAGCCCCAGGGACGAUGCACCAGAAUGGGGCUCAGGUCGGCUACGGGAGCCCCGGGAGCCAGGGUUCCAAGCCGGAGCCCCAGAGUCAUGCACCUCUGGACCAGAGCUACCUGGAGAGCAUGUACUACGUCCCUACAGGCAUGAACACUAGCCCCCCGGACUGCUACCACAAACAACCCUCCAGUCUGCCCAACACGGGGGGUAAGAGGGCCUGAAAUAGUCGUCUGAAAUAGCCGUCUUCCUGGUGCCUGUAGGGUCUCAGAAUACAGCCAGGCCAGGGUGUACAUGAGGAGGUCUAAUGUUAGACUCAGGCCUUAUUGUUAGCUUUGUUUCCCUGGCAACUGGACUGGAGAGGAUGAUUCUUUAGUUGUGGUUGUUUGUUGUUUUAUUGUUUUGUUGUUUAUGUUCUUCCCUGCUUUUUAUUCGUCUGAUUGCCUGAUUAUGUUAGCUUUUUAUGCAUUGAUUUGGUAAGAGAAAACACAUGAUCAUGUUGAAGGUCCUUGAUGAUCUUUCUGGGAUUACUUAUUUUAUUUUUCUUUGACAAAAACAAAAAGUGACCAUUUUCUACUGGUUACCUAAUGGCCAAAAGGUGUGCCUUAUCCAUUCUCAUAGAUUGUUCAUUAAAUCUAAACAAACACUUACUGUUCGCAUUUACAUUACAUUUCGAUACAUGUUUCAACUGAUCAUGCACAUGCAUACAUCUAAUAUUUGAAAUAAAUUCACUUUGUAUUAAAACUAAUAUCUCCCACAAACUUGAAACUGCUAUCUUGGGAAGAUGUCAUGUUUUUCUCUGUUUAUUUCUGAAUGAGUAGGUUUUGUUCACAGAGAAGAUGCAAUGACACCAAUAAAAAUGUGUAAAAUAUUGAAUGUAAUAAAACUACUGUAGAAUGCC